AUGGCCCAAGUGGAGCACAGGAGUGCGUUCAAAGUGAACAAUUCGCGAACAAUCACAAUCUCUCAUCGGAACACUUACUCCAUUUUAAAGGCAUUAACAUCACGAAUGUUGACAACGUAUCGACAAAUCAACCCGGACUUAAUCAUCUCCGCCCAACCCGCUCUAAUCUUAACAGAUCCAUAUAUCGCACUUCACAACUAUGGGUUGGACAAUGCAAAACAUGAAUUGAUUGUUCGGAUUGGCGAUAUCUUAGGAACAGCAACUUCAUUUGAAGGAAGACAGUUUUCGAUGAAUCCGGGGACUGUUUCUCGGUAUGAAGUCGUCGGAAAACUCGGACAAGGGACUUUUGGGAAUGUAUAUAAAUGCACCGAUUUGAUCAAUCAGAGAGACGUCGCAAUUAAAAUCCUCAAAAACAAGAAGGCGUAUUUCAGACAAGGGAUGUUAGAGGUCACGUCUUUACUAGUGUUGAACAAAUUUUAUGACCCGAAGAAGUUGAUUGUGGAGAUGUACGACCACUUUUUGUAUUGCGGACAUCUGUGUAUAGUGACGGAGUUACUUGGAUCGUCACUGCAUGAAUUAAUGAAGUUGAAUCGCCGCAAUGGAUUUAGUCUGCCAACCAUCCAAUUGUUAUCGAAGCAAAUGUUAGAGAGUCUGGACGUGUGUAAGAAGGCGAAUAUCAUUCACUGCGACGUCAAACCUGAAAACGUUUUAUUAACGGGGACGACGCCGCGGUUGAAAUUGAUUGAUUUGGGAUCGUGUUGUUUCGACAACUGCACAUUGUACACAUAUAUUCAGUCGCGGUUUUAUCGAGCGCCCGAAAUCUGUAUAGGGUAUCCUUAUACUUCCGCAAUUGAUAUGUGGAGUUUUGGGUGUAUGGUCGCUGAAAUGUUUUUUGGUAUUCCACUCUUUGUGGCGAGUAGUGAGUUGGGCCUUUUACGAAAACAAGUCCAGUUGCUUGGUGUUCCUCCGACCGAUAUGUUAGAGAAUGGGAGUAAGAGUGAUAACUAUUUUGCGAAGUAUUACCACGCCGAUGACACGUAUGAAUAUGUCUUAAAAGAUGAUGAAGAGUAUGAGACUGAGUUUGGGACUGAAAUUCCAGAAGAAAAGGAUUACUUUAAGAAGAACAGUUUGAAGGAGUUGGUGUAUCUCCAUAACAUCAUUUUGGACGUCUCGAAAGUCCCUGUUGAUGCUGCGACAUUACGACUGACGUUAUUUGACUUUCUUAAUAGGUGUUUGGCAUAUCGUCCCGACGAACGGAUGACUCCAGAAGAAGCGUUAGCGCAUCCACUGUUCAAUUCGAAGCUGAAGAGUGAGAAAGACAUGAAGAAGAAGACGCGCGUUCCGAAUUUGCAAUUAAAAAUACCGAAAAAGAAGAAAGACUCAGCGAAGUUAAAAGAUGACGAGAAGCUGGAAAGCUUGGAAGAGAAGUCGAAGGAGGAGGACAAAAAACGGAACUAUAACAUCACCUCGGAAUAUUAUCAAGUGUUUAUGGAACAACUGUCGAAAGGACAUAUCCCGCUGAUCACUGAAGAUAAUCCAUUUGAGAAAGGAAUGACCCCGGAUUCAUUCCCUUUAGUCUUCCAAAGAGAAUUGAUAUCCCCACAACCCAUAAUAGAGAAACAAGCACAUACCCCAAGGAGAAUCCGAACGGCUAGUGUAGGGGGUGAACCUACCUCUGCGAGAGAACAUCGAUUGUGUUUGUUUAAGAACGAGAAAGAGAAGGAGAAAGACAAAGAUAAAGAAAGCAAAAAGAACUAUAAAAUCCCAACACUGAAGAAAGUACAACACGACGACUCAUCGUCAGAGUCGACAACUUCGUCAUUCUCAUCACCAAGAAAAAGAGUGUUUUCGUUUGUAUCCCCAAGAAAAGCAGAAAGCCCGAAAGAAUCACCAAGAAGUGGAAGUAAACUCAGCUUUUUGGUCCCGUCAUUCAUGAAAAAGAAAAAAAGAAGAGGGUCCGUCGGAGCAGAGGAAAAUGCAGAGGAGUCGUCUCCUGAUACGUCUGUGUGA